ACGGUUCAAAGAAACAAAGGGGCUUUUCUAGAGGCACACAAGCUUACAUUGUAGUAAACAGUACUUGUUGUUCCUCUCUCUCUCUCUCCCCCUCUCAUAAACCCUACUGAUACCAAGAGUCAGUAAAACCAAGCAUUAAUAAUGGCAGAAGCAGAAGGAGGAUCAGAUAAGAAGUCUGGUGAGUCUCUGAAAGACAAAGGAAAUGAGCAAUUCAAAGCUGGGAAUUACCUCAAAGCCGCCGCUCUCUACACUCAGGCCAUCAAGCAAGACCCUCAAAACCCCACUCUCUAUAGCAACCGUGCUGCUGCGUUUCUGCAAUUGGUUAAGCUUAACAAAGCCCUUGCUGAUGCAGAAACAACAAUUACAUUGAACCCCAAGUGGGAAAAGGGAUAUUUCAGGAAAGGAUGCAUAUUAGAGGCCAUGGAGCAAUAUGAUGAUGCUCUGACUGCUUUCCAGACAGCUUUGCAAUAUAACCCAAAAAGUGUAGAAGUAUCACGAAAGAUGAAGAGAAUUUUUCAGUUGGCGAGAGAUAAAAAACGUGCUGAAGAGGUGGAGACAAUGAGAUCAAAUAUUGAUAUGGCAAAACAUUUGGAUAAACUGAAAUCUGAAAUGUCUGGAAAGUGUGGGUCUGAAGAACAUGAAGAUGUUUUUUCUUUUCUGGUUGAGACAAUGGAGGCGGCUGUAAAAUCGUGGCACGAAACUUCGAAAGUGGAGGCUAGAGUUUACUUUCUCCUUGAUAACGAAAAAACAGACACUGAAAAAUAUGCUCCAGUUGUGAAUAUUGAUAAGGCCUUUGAAUCACCCGAUACGCACAGAAAUUGUUUUCCUUUUCUUAGGCAGUAUGCUGAGGAUUCUUUCUCCAGAGCAGCUUGCUUGGUGACCCCCAAGAGUAUCAUGUCUUACCCACAGGUUUGGAAAGGUCAAGGAUCAAGGAAAUGGAAACAUGGGCAACAGGAUGGUUUCUUUGUUCAGUUUGAGACACCUUUCUUGCGAAAGUUGUGGUUUAUUCCUAGUUCCAAUGAAUUGGGCCAGACAUUGUGCAGGGAUCCGGAAGAUUUAGACAUCAGUGCCCAUGAAUUAAUUCCGCGCCUAUUCAAAGUGAAGUCCUCCAAUUCAUAGGCACCUUCAUUUGCAUGUUGUUGGACAGAAAUCUCAGGGCCACUUUAGUGGUAUUCUAAAGAGCAGACAGCACUGAUUCCAGCUUUUGCCUUACUCAGAAUCUCAGAUGUAAGGUCUGCUUUGGCCCUGGUGAUUUGAAGGAAGUUGCUUUACCUAAUCAUUCCGUGCAUUUACCAGAGGUUCUGUUUUGUUUUUCUUUUCCCCUAAGAAUAUUGUGGCGGUUUUCUCUCUCUAUUUUUCUCCUUUUAUUUUUUUUCAAAGGAUGUUGCACCUUUACAGAGGUUCCUUAUUGUGAGAUUGCCUAUCCUGAUUUUGUCCGUAGCAUUUUGCUGGGUUGUUUCCAAUAUAUAUACGCUAAUAUGUUGCUUGUAUGGUGCUGCAAAGACUUGAAACUUGGUGCUAUAUUUCCUCUGUAAUCGUCUAAAUAGCAAUAUAUAACUGUUGAAAAGGUCAUUCUAGACUGCA